AACAAGAGAAACGGCGAUCGCCAACGUAAAGCACCGAACGCUUUUUUAAUGUUUCGAGCAUGCAUCUCAGCAGAAACAAAAACAUUGAAUCUUCAAAUAGGUGACGCUGCUGAAAUUUCUCGCUUUGCCAGCUAUCAUUGGAAUAUGCUGCCUGUACAUCAAAAAGAAGCCUACAAAAAAAUUUCGUCUGAAUUAAAAGAGUUGUAUUCGUCCAGAAUUUCUAAUGACCUUCGCGAGAAGAAAUACAAAUCCUACCAAACUCCUAAUUAUCAGUUUGAAACCGUUUUCGGUCGUCAAGACGAAUCCAACCAAAAUCAUAACGAUAACCAUCAGUUUGAAAACCUUCGCGGGGAGGAAUCUGAUCUGCAGUUUGAAGAUACUAAUCUCAAAUUGUUAAAUCACCCAAACAGACAAAAACACUUGCUAUAA